GACUGACUGUAGUCUAUUUAUUAAUCCGCUAUUUCGCAGCAUAUCCAUCACUAACCACUAGAUGUAGUUUAGAAAUGAAUAACGGGAUUUCAGAGGGACAAAGAAUACAGUCUAACGCUCAGUUUAUCUGUUUAAUCAGCUAAACAAAAUUAUGGUAUCUUGAAAGAUUUUGGAAACAGCUGUAGUUACUGUGCAGUCGUACUAAACUAAAGCUAUAGCCUAUAGAUAGCCCUAACCUCUUACUAACUAACUAGCUAGCUAGCUACCAGUCUAACGUUGUAAAUGCUGAUAGUUAGCUAAAUUAGGUUGCACUAAUGAUGUCAAGUGGAAACCGCAAGGUUUGAGGCUAUGGAUAUGACUGGGACGAGUGGAAUAACCAUGGAGACGCCCGAACUACCUAUCGAGAUCACCACCUACAUCCUGAGUUUCCUGCAUGUGUCAGACAGAAAGGAGGCAUCUCUGGUCUGCAGGAGCUGGUAUGAUGCUAGCCAGGACCAUCGCUUCCAGAGGAACCAGACCUUCAAGUUUCCAGCCUCCACCUCGUCUUUGGAUCUGAUCCGUGGCCUGGGAAGACUCUCCUGCUGCAGCCUGGUGAUCAGUCACCUGGAUGGGUCCAGUUUGUCCCGGGCUGUGCUUCUGGAGGUGGGGCUCCACCUGGGCUCUCGGCUGGAGAGCCUGGCCCUGCCAGGGAGCAGUGUGACAGAGGCCUCCCUCCUGGCCCUGCUCCCCCACCUAACCUCCCUGCGCAGGCUGGACCUCCGGGGCCUGGACAGCCUCUUCAUGUCGGGGGCCUUCCUCUCCCGGGACGAGCAACGCCAGCAGGUGCGCGUGGCCCUGGCAGGCCUGGAAGAACUGGACCUGUCAGAUCUCCGUUACCUCUCGGACCUCACCUUCAACCGCCUGACAGGCUGCACUCCUAAGCUGCACCGCCUCUCGCUGGCUGGGUGCCACAUUGCCUUCGAGUUUGACCCGUACCGCGGCUGCCCCGUGGGUGUUGUCCAGGACUCGUCGGCUCUGCUGUCCCUGAGGAAUCUGCGGAAGCUGCUUCUGGAACAGUCCUCCACCAUGAGGGGCCUGGACCUCAGUCGCACCUCCAUCACGCCUGAGUCCCUGCGCUCAGUCGCCAAGGUGGAGGGCCUGAGGUUGCAGGAGCUGUGUUUGCGGGGCUGUAAGGAGCUAACUGACUACUCUGUGGAGGUUCUAUGUAAGCACCAGCCGGGCCUCAGCAGUCUGGACCUGAGCGCCUGUACUGAGCUGACAAGCAGGGCGGUGCUAGCCGUCAGCCUGGGCCUUCCGAACCUCAGGAGCCUCUCUCUGUCCAGAGACUGGAGGAUUACUGACAAAGGUCUGGCCGACCUGGUGUCCCUCCCUGAGCUGAAGAGUCUGGACCUGUCUGAGUGUCUGCAUGUCAGCGGAGCUGAGAUGGUGAAGGGUCUGUCUGGACCAGGCCCUCGAGCAGGCCUGGAGACCCUCAUCUUCAAGAGCUGCACCUACAUACGGGACCUGACGGUCUACCCCUUGGCUCAGCUGCUGGGCGCCAGUCUGCGUGAGCUGGACCUGAGCUCCUGCGUGUACCUGACCGACCUGAGCGUGCGCGCCAUCGCCACCUACCUGCAGGGGCUGGUGGUGCUGCGUCUGGGCUGGUGCAAGGAGAUCAGCGACUGGGGCCUGCUCGGCAUAGUGGAGCCCACCAAGGAGUGUGAACCUGCUCAGGAGAUUGAGGACAAGGACCCCAAGUUCACCAGGACGUUCGGGAACAUGGGCUUCUUCCGGCCCCCGACCCUCCUCUUCCAGGAGAAACCUCGGCUGGUGACGGAGGAGGACCUGAGGGUGUUCAGGGAGCAGGAGGGGGCUUCUCUCCUGGCCCUCCACUCCCUCCAGGAGCUGGACCUCUCAGCCUGCUCCAAGCUGACCGAUAGCAGCAUCACACAGGUGAUUCGCUACCCUGACCUCCAGCGCCUGUCCCUGUCCAUGCUCCCUGAGAUCAGUGAUGCCACCCUGGUGUCUGUGGCCUGGCACUGCCGCAGCCUCACCAGCCUGGCUCUCAGCCACUGCCCCCGGAUCAGCGACCAUGGCAUCGCCCGCGCUGCGCCACACCUCAGCAGGCUGCAGCACCUCUACCUGUCCUGCUGCGAUGCCGUCACCGACAGGUCUCUCUCUGUCCUAGCUCAACACUGUAAGAGACUCCGCACGCUGGACAUCUCCAUGUGCAAGGAUAUCUCCAUAACAACUGUGGACCUCCUCCAAUCACAGUUGCCCUUCCUAGAGAACGUCCACUGCCGCUUUGUGGGCGGGGCGGACCUGACUCUCACCCUGUGAUUGGUUGAUUGUCUAACUGGUUUUACCGAAGGAAAAUUGCUGCUAGAAUCAUCUCAUUUCAGUGAUCCGCACUGACACCGCUCGUCUUUUAAGUGGUGGUGUGUGUGAAUGCUUGCACAUGUGUGUGUGCGUAUAUAUGCAGGCAGGAUCCAGCAGUCACACUUCCAGACUUAAUCCAACCCCUACAGCUAAAUAUCACCUUACUGUACAAUGCAGACAGAUUACAUUCCAACAUAUUCUUUCUAUCUAAAGGGACCUCUGCUACUGGGAUAGGUCUGGGCCCUAGCUCCUAGAUGUGACAAAGGUUGGAUAGGUAUAAGUGAGGUAACACACGUUCCAUAGCAGGGGGCUAGGGCAGUGGUUAUAAUCCCUGGUCCUCAGGGACCCCCCUGUCCUGCAUGUUCUAGAUCAGGGGUGUCAAAUCCUGGUCCUCAGGGGCCGCUGUCUUGUACGUUUUAGACGUUUCCCCGAUCCAGCACACCUGAUUCAAAUGAAUGAUCGUUAUCAGGCUUCUACAGAGCUUGAUCAUGAUCCAUUCAUUUGAAUCAGGUGUGUUGGAGCAGGGAAACAUCUCAACCAUGCAGGACAGGGGAGUCCCUGAGGACCAGGGUUGAGAACCACCAGGCUAGGGGGACAGUCCAUCUUGCUUGUGGCUGUUCACAUCCAGCCAGACCCACAGAGGAAGUCCCAGCCAAGGCUGCGAGCGAGGGAUGGAGGGAGGGAUGGAGGGGCUGAAAGGGACCAAGAGAGCAGGCCCCACCCUCUCACUGCCCACAAGCGCACACACACGGGAGAGGGGGGAGGGGGGGGCAGAGUAUGUGCUGUCAAGUUGCAAACAGGACUAUGCUAUUAAAAUCAUUAUAAUAAGUCUUAAUACAUAUUUAUUUAAGUAUUUGGCCAUAUAUUUGUGAUGGCCCUGAAUAAUUUUGUACCAAUUUUAAAAUAAGAAGACAGAGGCUCAUAUGCUGAUUGUUGAAUUUGAAAAAAAGUGAUAAUGUGUACCAAAUGUAAUUUUAUCAAUAAAUGUAAAGCAUCUGACCUUGCA